AUGGCUGGCUCCAAGACCAGUGGUCGUUUUGCUUUCGAUGGUCUUGUUCAGCGGAACGUCCAGCGAUGCUCGUUUUCUUUCCUAUAAUUUCACCAUUGAUCCUCGGCCCAGAGAUGAUCAGCCAUGGUGUGAGGUUCAAGGAGAAAUUGAUCAAAAGGUCUUUCUCUCCUAUGACUGUGGUACAGCUAAGAUCAAGUACCUUAGUCCACUGGGAGAGGAAGUGAAAAAUAUGAGCACCUGGGAAACACAGACUGACACACUCAAAGACACUGGAGACUUGCUCAAGGGGCAAAUGCCUGAUGUUACACCGGAGAAACACACAGACAGGGGGUCAGGACCUCUGACCCUGCAGGCCAGGAUGACAUGCUGGCGUGAAGGCAAUGGACACACCAGUGCAUCCUGGGAGUUUGGCUUCAAUGGACAACUGUGCCUCCUCUUUGAUUCGAAGAAUGGAUUCUGGACAAUGGUUCAUUCUAAAGGGAGGCGGAUGAGAGAGAAAUGGGAGAAUGACAGAGGUGUGACGUACUUCUUCAAGAAGGUCUCCAUGGGAAACUGUCGGGCCUGGCUUUGGGAUUUUAUGGUGUGCUGGGAGAAAAUGCUGAAGACCUCGGCAUCACCAACCACGGGCCCCCCUACAGUGAAGUCCUCGGCCACAGCCAGCAAGCACAUCACCUGGAUCCUCCCCAUGCUCCUCACCAGUUUUAUCAUAACUGUCUUCCUGGGCUGAGUCCUUUCCAGGAGCAGGUGACUGUGCUCCCAGGAAGCGCGACAGGUACUCUGUCUGCCUUUCUCCUGCUCUUCACUUUAGAUCCAGGAGAUCAGACCCCAUGAAUCCUGAGUCUCUUUUCCAGAUACGAUGUCACAGUAGAUGCAUCACCUCAUGGGCUUUAUCACAUUUGGGGAAAUCCUACUCAGCAUCUCUAAAAAACAAAACAGAAACAGUUUUUCUCCACUUUCUCCUGGUGCUAAGUGAUGGAAUUUCUACACUGAAAUGCUCAAGCAGUUGAAGCAAUCUCCACAAACAGAACAUUUUUCAUCAUAUUCUAGUUUGUGGAUAAUUAGAUUACACCUCGUGACCUCGUUCUUGCAAAUGAUAUUGCAAGAAAAAUACCAUCUGCUAUUACAGGACUCAGAGAUUCUUUCUGUGUCUGGAGAAAUCACCUCAGCCUAUUUUCAAUAGAAGAUAAUUUUAUUCAUGACUAUUUCCCUUAAUAGUUUAUUAUGCUGAAAGGGAAAGUGUUAGUCGCUCAGUCGUGUCCAACUCU